CUUAGGAAUGCGAUUAAAUUUUGAACCAAUAUUCUUCGGAGUUGCAGGAACUCUUAGUUUACAUAAUCCACCUAUUUUAAAGGAACAAAUAAGUUCUGCUUAUAUAUGGGUAACCAAUGCAACAAGUCUUGCCGACGCUAACACUAUCCAUGUAGGAUGGCAGGUUUAUCCAUACUUAUACGGAGAUACUCAAACUCGUUUUUUCAUAUCAUGGAACAAUAACAUGGAACAUACAGGCUGCCUUAAUCUGCAAUGUGCCGGUUUUGUGCAAACUAAAUCAGAUUUUGUUAUUGGUGGGCCCGUUAAUGCUACAUCUAAAUAUGGUGGACCGAUAUUUUCUAUGCCCAUCAGCCUUACACAUGAUGAAGCUUCUAAUAACUGGUGGCUAAGAGUACAAAAUCAGAAUAUUGGUUAUUUCCCAGGAGCAAUUUUUUCUAAUAAGUUGCAAUAUGCAAGUAAAGCUGGUUGGACAGGUCAAACAAAAUUUUUUAUUCAUGAUGGCACUAGUCCUCAAAUGGGUUCAGGACAUUAUCCAGAUGGCAAUAGUGAGCAUUCAGGAUUCUUUUCAGAUAUUUUAUUUCAGGAUAGAACUAGACGAGAUAUUGGACCCAUUAGAGAUAAUCUUAUGCCUUAUGUUGAUAAUCCCAUUUGUUAUAAAGUUCAGUACUAUGAACAUGUGCGUGAUCAAUUGAACCGUGCUAUCUUGUAUGGGGGACCUGGUGGAUUUUGUGGUAGUUAAUUAUUUGAAUCUAUUUCUAAUAGGAAUAUCAUGAAUAAAUUAUGAGAGAAUUUUAAUGUUAUUUUCUCCUAGUCAAUAUUGAAUAAUACUUUAUAUAAUUCAAAGUGGAUUGACAUGUA